UUGCAGGGAAAUUAUAAUGGCCCCAUCAAACAUCAAGAUUUGCAUUCGAAUAAGACCCGAGCAAGGGAACGAACGAAGCUCUAAGUUCAGAGAGAUAGUGAAAGCUAUCGGUGAUAAAGUUGUUGUGUUUGAUCCACCUGACGACCAGAACACUGGAUUAAAGAAGAUUUUCACAUCGCAAAGAAACAAAGAUCUCAAGUUUUCGUUCGAUAACGUGUUUGGUCCAGAGUCGUCUCAGCUCGAUGUGUACCGCUGUACCACCGCUACCAUCUUAGAUGAUGUCUUGAAUGGGUUCAACUGUUGUGUGUUUGCGUACGGUGCCACAGGAGCGGGCAAAACAUUUACAAUGCUCGGCAACAAAGAGAACCCAGGGGUGAUCUACAAAACUGUUAUGAUGUUGUACACAAAGAUAGAGGCUCUGAGUGACGACUACAAGUACGAUGUGGACGUCAGUUACGUUGAGAUUUACAAUGAGAACAUGAAGGAUUUGCUCAGCCCUGGCAGGAAACUAGUUAUGAACGAGGGCUCCGACGGUAAGAUCACCCUGCGGGGCGUCAGCAUGCACCGGCCCAAGAACGCAGACGACCUGCUGGACAUGUUGCUGCGUGGCAACACUGAGCGUACCCAGAGCUGCACCGCUGCUAAUGCUGAGUCCUCACGUUCCCACGCUAUAUUCCAGAUAUACAUACGGGGCCGACACAAGGUAUCGGGGACUACAGCUACCUGGAAACACUCAAAGUUUAGUCUGAUAGACCUGGCCGGGUCGGAGAGGGGGAACGUGACCACGACUAACAAGCAGCAGAGGGAGGGUGCUAACAUUAACAGGUCCCUGUUAGCGCUGGGCAACGUGAUUAACGCCCUAGCUGAGAGAAAGAAGAAUCCCAAGAUAUUCAUCCCUUAUAGGGACAGUAAGCUUACAAGGUUGUUAAAAGACUCUCUGGGAGGCUCGUGUCAGACUAUCAUGAUAGCCAACCUAAGUCCGAGUAACAAGAGCUACGAGGAUACCUACAACACCCUCAAAUACGCCAACAGAGCUAAGAACAUUAAGGUUGAACUCGUGAAGAAUGAAGUCCAGGUGGAGACUCACUUUGGCGAAUAUAGCAAGCUUGUCGCUGAUCUUAAAGAUGAGAUUUCUACCCUGAAAGCGAAACUCCUGGAGAAGAAUGAAACAGCCGAGAAGUUGAAGAUGCUAGAGGAAUUUGACCUUGCUCAUAAGGACUUUGAUAUGAAGUGUCGUGAGGUUUUCCAAGAGAGGGCUCAACUAAAGAGGGAGCUGACUGUCCUGGAAGCGGAGGAGCACAACCUGGCCACCCAGAUUAAACAGAACGAACUGUACAUCCGGGUUAUCAGCUCCUGUCAUUCCGAGCCUCACUUACUCUCCCUAGUUCAGGAUGAGUUGAGCUUGUUAUCGGAGAGCCAAGUUUCUACCAAUCAGAAGAUCAGCACUAAAAAGUCGUUCUUGGUGACGAACAUGGAGCGCGCCAACAAGGUCCAAAGGGAGAUUCAUGAGUACAUCCAAAAUAACUCUGCUAGCAUCCCUAAACCACUCGGUCCAGAAAUCCUCGUCCAGCUUUGGGAAUUCCAUCUCGUUAAGGUGCAGUCCUACUUUGCUGAGCACAGCGUGUCAGCUCUACAAGAGGCAGUUAUAGGAUCAGAGAGACAGCUCCAACACAUGAAUAACAUCACAGAGGAGAUAUUCAGUAUUGUGGCCUCUGAUGAGAACGUUCCAGACUGUCUCAAAGCACAACUCGGAGGAUUGUGCAUGAAAUUGAUAGAGAGCCAAAAGAAACGAAACGGAGUAGUUUGGGCGGACGAUAAAACGGCAUCAGAUCAUCCCACCUCCAACCUAUUCCCCUCUCCAAAACUUGUUCAGCCCCAAUCCCCCACCUUGUCCUUCACCCCGGGAAAGACCCUGGUGGGUUCAACUCCCCAGCUCAACAAGUUACAGGCAGCUCAUGUUCGAGGCGAGGCGUUCGCUACACCGGCUCCUUCUAAACUGCAGGCUUGCUUUAACGCCAGGUUUACUGACCUAGAGGAUCAAGCCAAACUUAACCUUAUCGAUAGGUUCAACACAAUCACAAAGAAAGGACAAAAGCCCAUACUGAAACUCAAGGACAGAAGUCAGAAAUGUUCUGCUGAUAAAUCAGAUGAUUCUGUUAAAACUAAUAGUUCAACAGAGGAAGGGGAUUUAAACAGCACUUUCACUCUGGACGAGCCUAAAGUUCUAUCCUCUGUUGUUCCCGCUAAAGCAGCUUUAAAGCGUAAGAUGUCCAUGAUACCAGCACCGUCCCACGUGAUCAAGAGGAAUGCACUGGUUUCACCCUUCCCUAAACCAGUUACUAUCAAUGCUCGUGCUGUGUCCCCCGGUCCCACAGGCAGGUUACCCAGACCAACCAGUACCGCCCCCAGGAAAAUGACACCGAGAGCUAGAUCUGCUCCUAGAUUAAAACAGGAAGGUAAACCUCCCAACCCCUCGGCGGGUAAGACUGGUGCGGCCAGCCAGUUGGUUAAACCGAAAGUAGUGUCUCGUAAGUGUGUGCCGAACACUGUAAAGAAGUGAAUGGUUUUUAGUUGGCUGUAAGUUACACCUCAAUCUUACAAAGAAUUUUUAACCGAGUGCUCAUGCUGCAUUUAAUACGAUUUUACGUGCCCUAGAAAAUUGUACAUAUUUGAUGUAUGAAUCUGCCGAAUUUAAUUUCAGAAUAUGAAGGCAUUUCCUUGUACAUUUUUAUCCAAAUUUAAAAUACUUAUCAAUAGCUUGACAUUGUAUUUUAAUAAAUAUAUUUGUAUUGUUAGAUAACAUUAACUUUCCAAUUACUAAUGUUUUC